AGAGAAUCGGAACUCAUGCAGUCUUGGAUUGACAAUACACACUGUAACAAGAGGCGCAUAGACCUGAGCGGCAGCUCUCCAAGAAGGGACUCCCAAGCCCAGCAUGCCAGGUGUGCACGUCGCUCAUGAGAGGGUGAGGAAUGGCGGCGGGCUGAUGUGUGCCUUUGUCACCUUGACAAAUGAGCUUGCAGACCCGCCGCGCAGCUGCACUGCCAAGCUGCUGACAGGUUCUGCCGCUCCAGUUGAGCUGCUGCUGUCUCCUGAGAUGGUGAGAGUGCUUCGGCUGCCCAAGAUUGGGGAGGGCUGUGUCGGUGGCGCCAAGACAGACAUCCACGGGGGACGAUGGGAGGACAGUUCGCGCACUCUCAAGCGCCGGGAGGACUCCCGGGAACGGCCACGGCGAGACGGCCGCCGGGAAAAGAGCGCGGAUGCCCCCACGCGCGCGCUGCAUUCCUCCCGGGACCGGCGCGCCUCCCCGGCCGAUGGCCGCCGCCGCCAGGCCGCGUCACCGGAGCGGAAGUGGCGGCGUACGAGGAGCCCUUCCAGGUCAGGGUCUGCGGCAGGGGAGCGGCACCAGGGAGCGAAGCCGCGCGCGCGCGCGGGCACCUGCAGCGCAACUUCCUCGGAAGCCAGCGGAAGCCAUGCGUCAUCGUCUGACGAGGAGGAGCACAACUCGGAGGUGGAGCAGGAGGACGAGGAGGAGCGCCUCAGGAAGAGGGCGCUGUUGGAGGAGCAGCUGAUAGAGGAGGAGGUUGCUCGGAGGGUGAAGGAACAAAUAGAGGAGAGAGUCAAAGCAGCCAUGGGCAGCGACGCGGUGCAGCAAUCGCUGCAGACUCGGCUGGAGGCCGAGCGCAAGGUCCUGGAGGAACAGGUGAAGAAAGAGCUUGAGGAGGAGCGGCAGAUUGCAGAGGAUGAUGCUCGCAGGGCACAGGAGGCCAUCAAGGCCAAACAGGCCGAGCUGGCCCAGAUUGAAGCCGCGCGCAAGGCCGAGGAGGAGGAAGCGCGGAGGAAGGAGCUUGAUGCGGAGGCGUCACUCGCAGAGCAGCGAUUCCUGGAGCUGCAGCGGAAGGCGUCGGAAGCUGCCGCGGCCGCCAAGGAGGAAGAAGCAAAGAAGAAGAAGGAGCAGGCGCAGGUGCUUGGAAGGAAUGGGGCGCGCACAAAGCUCUCCUUCAAGCUGUUUGGCUGA